CUCCUCUCUUUCUCCGCCGCCCGCUGUCGUCGUUCUGCUGCUCUUUGGCUGCCAUCGUGCAUUCACUCCUUCGCUCCUUUGCGUCCCGUCGUCUUAUCGUACAUAUGCAUCCCCCCGUAUUAUAACUACCCCGUUUGGUUUUCUUUUCUUUUUUGGUGUAAAUCUUUUACGCGUCGCCCCCUCCCCCGUGACUGGUUUGGAUCUGACGCCGCCCGCCCUUCACCAAUAGUGCGGCUCAACCACCGGGCCCCAUGGGAUUUUUUGACCACCUCCAGAAAGGAGGCGCCUUCUCUCUACAACCCAAGAAACCUCAGAUCCGCAAGGUCGUUCAGACGCGAGCCGCGCCUCCCUCCAGAUCCUCGUCUCAGACGCCAGGUCUUUCCGCCUCCCGAACGCCCCCCGCUCGGCUCAAAGCUCGAGAGUCAACCAGCAGAUCGGUCUCGAGGGACCGAGAUCCCCCAUCCUCGAAGCGGCGACUCGGCACCCCGGUACAGAGUCGCAAGCGACAAACCCCCGAAUUACGCCUCUCCAGCGAUGACGAUGCGAGCGAUACGGAUACUUCCUUCAAGGCGCGCAAACGGGCCCGGACAGGCGACAGCGCAGAGCCCGAUCCUGCCAGGCGCGUGCGCUCCGUCAAAGCCUUCUCCGAAGAUGGCGUCCGGAAUCUGCCCAUGAUCCAUGCGGCGGACAUUACCUCCAUCCAAAAGGCCGGAAAUUUUAAACCGGCCUUUGGGGCGGCCAAGCCUCUACCGGACCUACUCCUGCAGUAUCCCAGCGCUUCGUCCAAGGAAAGGUACCAUCUUGUGGUCCCUCGAGACAACGACGACUUCAAGCCCAUCGACGACAUCGUAAACGUCAUCGACAUAGUUUCCCAAAAUUACAUUCCCGACGAGGAGGCUGAUGAAUUCAACAAUGAAUCGACGGGAAUUAGACGCCGGCUACGACGAGCACUUGCCCAUUCGUCCGAAGCGGAUUUUCGAGAAGUCGUGACGGAAUACAACCAUGCGAUCGUGCGGCUGAGACGCAGUGGGAGUGUUGCAAAGAAGCUGGAUUCAACGAGUCGUUUGAACUUGCCCCACGUGGAAAGAAUCCUGACGCAAAUAUAUUCGCGCACUGUUUCGCCUCGGGUCGACUCCCUGCGUCAAUAUGAGAACGGAACGGACAACGUAUACGGGGAACUUCUGCCGCGCUUUAUCAGCACGAUUUUCAAGGAGACUGGGCUGAAGUCAGGUCAAGUAUUCGUUGACCUGGGCUCUGGUGUCGGUAAUGUGGUCCUCCAAGCAGCGCUCGAGAUUGGAUGUGAAAGUUGGGGCUGCGAAAUGAUGCAGAAUGCGUGCGAACUCGCCGAACUUCAACAGACUGAGUUCAAGUCGCGAUGUCGGCUCUGGGGCAUAGCGCCAGGGAAGACGCAUCUUGUUCGAGGGGAUUUUCUCAAGGAACAGAGCAUCAUCGACGUACUGAAGCGCGCUGAUGUCAUCCUGAUCAACAACCAGGCUUUCACCCCUCAACUGAAUAAUGAGCUGAUCAAUCAUUUCUUGGAUAUGAAGGAAGGGUGUCAGAUCGUAUCCUUAAAGUCGUUUGUUCCUGCGGGCCACAAAAUCCAAUCUCGCAACCUCAAUUCCCCCAUCAACCUACUGAAAGUCAAGCAGCGAAACUAUUGGUCAAACAGCGUCAGCUGGACCGAUGUUGGUGGUACCUACUUUAUCGCGACGAAAGAUAGCUCUCGUCUGAAAGCUUUCGUGGAAAGCUUGCAAUGAAGGUCUGUUGUCUCACCCUACAUUCCCAUUACCGCGUGGGUCACGACCGCAAUGCUCUGCUACUUUCGGUUUCUUGUAUUGAUAUACUUUUUUUGGCAUUCAUUGGUGUAUAUAUCCUCAUUUGGGACCUCUCCACGGCCCCUGGACCUCUGCCUCCUCAACGCCCGAAUCGCUGAUUCUGCUCA